UGAUCAGCUGUGUCCAAUCACAGCUGAUUGCGAGCUGUCACGCUGACAGCUCGAGAGGAGAGCUGGUAAAUCGGCAUUUCUUGGAGGGGACAUGUGCACUGAUCAUCAGGACACUGAUGAUCAGUGUACCCUAAUGAUCAGUGUAGCCCCAGCAGUGCCACCUGUCAGUGUCCAGCAGUGCCAGCUCUCAGUGCUCAUCCAUGCCACCUGCCAGUGCCCAUCAGUGCCACAUAUCAGUGCCUACCAGUGCACAUCAAUGCCACAUAUCAGUGCCCUGGCACUGAUAGGUGGCACUGAUUGGCAUUGAUAGGCAUUGAUAGGUGGCACUGAUGGGUGACACUGAAAGGCAGCUCAGAUGAGCUGCCUUUCAGUGUCACCCAUCAGUGCCACCUAUCAAUGCCAAUCAGUGCCACCUAUCAAUGCCAAUCAGUGCCACCUAUCAGUGCCAGUCAGUGCCGCCAGUCAGUGCCAUAUAUCAGUG